GUGAAGCCUCUGAGGGCUGUUUACAGUCAGCCGUUAUCGCCCCUCAGCGCCUUCACCGCGUCUCUCUGCCCGUCCAGCCUCCCUGAACGCCUUUAGUUAGUCAUUCGUGACCGAGCCUCCCCCCGCGGUGGAGGCUGAAGGUGGAGGAGCGCCGGCGAGGCUGUAAAGCCAUUUAAACCGGUGUAAUGGGUCAGAGGGCGACCUGCUCACUGACGACCAGCCGUGAGAGCGAAGCCCUCACAGCGCGGAGGCUGUGAGGAGAGGUCGCGAGGCUCAGGCAGAGCGCGAGGGCGGGAGUUUCCCGCUCAGGAUGGAGUCCAGAAAGUCAUGGAUCCAAGCUACCUUUUACAAGAGGGAAUGUGUGAAGUUUUUGCCAGCGUCACGGGACCAUCACGGGUGUUCUCCGGUUUGCCAUGUUUGCCAAAACCUAGUCAGGUGCUGCUGCGGGAGGCUGAUUGGGGAGCAUGCAGAACUGGAGUCCAGUUCUUGGGUGCCACCUGCCUCAGCUAAUGAGGAAACAUGGUCAGUGGCCCAGCACACGAGGGCCAGCCCCACCGAUGCCUUCGGCUCCAUCGACUUCCAGGGAAGCACCAAGCGGUGUUGCCGCGCCAAGUUUGUGCGUCUGUCCUGCGAUGCUAAGCUGGACCAGCUGCUGUGUCUGAUGCUGAGAGAGUGGAACAUGGUUCAGCCCAAGCUGGUUAUAUCAGUGCAUGGGGGGACUGAGAACUUCCCUCUACCCCCAAGAGUUGGUCAGGCCUUCAGCAAGGGCCUCAUCAGAGCUGCUGAGACCACAGGCGCCUGGAUCCUGACAGAUGGCUUCAAUACAGGAGUAUCCAUGUAUGUUGGGGAUGCUGUGAAGGUCUAUGGAACCCACGAGCGGCGGAAGAGAAACAUCAUUGGGGUCACCCCAUGGGGUCUCAUCGAGAAUCACAAUGACCUCAUAGGGCGAGAUGUUCUGCGGCACUACCAGACUCUGGGGAAUCCUCUGAGUAAGCGCGCCAGUCUCAAUGGUCUGCAUUCCCACUUCCUCUUAGUGGAUGAUGGAACUCUGGGGAAAGCAGGAGGCCAGCUGGAGCUAAGGAGGAACCUGGAGAGGCACAUCCACCGGCAGAGGAUCCACCCCAGACUGGCCCAGAGAGUUCCCGUGGUCUGUGUAGUGGUAGAGGGGGGUCCUCCUGUGCUCUCCACAGUGCUGGACUAUGUGAGCAGGUCACCUCCUGCACCCGUUAUUGUGUUUGAAGGCACCGGACGGGCUGCAGACCUGCUAGCUCUGAUACACAAACAGACUGCUGUUGACAGGAAGCUGGACACGCACAUUAAGGAGGAUUUCCUGCUACGCAUUCAGGGUGUAUUCGGUGUGGCAAGGCCGGAGGCCUCUCAGCUUUUCGGCCUGCUCACAGACUGCAUGGAGCACAGGGAUGCAAUCACCAUUUUUGACUCGGAAUCUGAGGACCAUCUGGAAGCAGAUGUGGCCAUUUUGAAAGCUUCACUAAAAGGCACACUGACAGAGCAGUUAAAUGUUACCCUGGCCUGGGACAGGGCUGACAUCGCUCAGCAACACAUACUGGUCUAUGGACAACACUGGAAGGUGGGAGCCCUGGAGCAGGCCAUGCUCAAUGCCCUGAAGAUGGACCGCGUCAGCUUUGUGAAGCUGCUCAUUGAAAACGGCGUGACCCUGAAACAUUUCCUCACCGUGUCGCAUCUGGAGGAGCUCUAUAACACACAGCAAGGUUCCUCAGAUUAUUUCUUGCAUCACAUCGUUGAGGAUGCCAAAAAGUGUCGUGUUCCUGUGGGAUACAAAAUCUCUCUGAUCGAUGUUGGCAUGGUGAUUGAGCACUUGAUCGGGGGAGCUUAUCGAAGCACAUACAGACGGAAGAGCUUCAGAACAGUGUACAACCGAAUUAAUAAUGCACUGAAGGAAGGCCGUCCGGAGAGAUCAGACUCCUUGACCAGGUCCCAAACGACUGCUGUUGACCCUGCAGAGACCACUCCACCACGCUCCCAAUUCUUCCGGACUGCAGAGCCUUACAGACGCAAGGAGAGACCACCUGUGCCACAUGACCCAGAGCUAGAAGCAACAGCGGAGCUGGGCGAUUCCUCUCUGUUCAUAUACAGCGUCAAUGACCUGUUUGUCUGGGCGGUGCUGAAGCGGCGUCAGCAGAUGGCUCUCUUCUUGUGGCAUCAUGGCGAGCAGGCCAUGGCCAGGGCUGUCGUGGCCUGCAGGCUCUACCGUGCCAUGUCCAUUGAAGCCAAGGAGAGUGAUAUGGGUGACAGCACUGCUGAGGAGCUGAAGAAAUAUUCACUAGAGUUUGGUCAGCUAGCCGUGGAUCUUCUGGACAAAGCCUUCAAGGAGAAUGAGCGGAUGGCCAUGAAGCUGCUGACUUCAGAGAUGACAGACUGGAGUGACUUCACCUGUCUCCAGAUGGCAGUGGCCUCAGGUCUCAGGCCCUUCUUGGCCCAUUCCUGCACCCAGAUGCUCCUCAAUGACCUGUGGAUGGGCCGCCUAAACAUGAGGAAGAACACCUGGUUCAAGACUAGUCAGAUCAUUGUGAGCAUCCUGCUACCUGCGACCAUCCAGUUUUUAGAGUUUAAGAGCCAGGCUGAGAUGUCCCAUGUGCCUCAGACACAGGAGGCCCUGCAGUUUGGGAGGGACACAGAGAGCCCAGGGGCUGCAGAAAGUGGAAGUGCAGCACAAGCAGAUCAGUGCGAUGCAGACACAGGGAGGACUGGCACAAGCCGCAGGAUAAACCUUACUGCACGGUGGCUACCAUGGGCCAGGAAGGUCUACGACUUCUACAAUGCACCUGUGGUCAAAUUCUGGUUCCACACUAUGACCUACCUGCCGUUUCUCAUGCUCUACACCUACACAGUCUUGGUGAGGAUGGAGAAGAACCCCAGUUUUCCAGAGUGGUUCAUCAUUACAUACAUCUCAUCUACAGCUGUAGAGAAAGUUCGAGAGGUGUUGCUGUCUGAGCCGAGGAGGUUCCAAAAAAAGCUGAAAUUGUGGUUCAGUGAAUAUUGGAACAUCCACGACUUCGUCGCAAUUCUCCUGUUCUUCACUGGCUUUGCCCUCCGCUGGCAGACAGGUGUGGUCCACACAGCCGGACGCAUCAUCUACUGCCUAGACAUCAUCUUCUGGUUUGUGCGAGUUCUGGACCUGCUAGCCAUUAACCAGAAAGCUGGACCCUACUUGACCAUGAUCACCAAGAUGAUGAGCAACAUGUUCUACAUUGUGACCAUAAUGGGCAUUGUGCUGGUGAGUUUUGGCACCCCCAGGGGUUCCAUCCUGAAGCCCUACGAGGAUCCCUCCUGGGACCUGCUGAAGGAUGUGGUCUUCCAGCCCUACUUCAUGAUGUUUGGAGAAGUUUAUGCUGGAGAGAUCAACCCCUGUGAAGAAAACCCAGACUGUCCUCCAGGAUCUUUCCUCAAUCCGUUGCUGCAGGCGGUCUACCUGUUCAUGCAGUACAUCAUCAUGGUCAACCUCCUUAUUGCCUUCUACAACAACGUUUACAUCCACAUGAAGAACAUAUCCAAUCAGCUGUGGAAGUACAACCGCUACCGUUACAUCAUGACCUAUCAGAAGAAGCCGUGGCUGCCUCCCCCUUUGAUCUUCUUCAGUCACAUGACCUUGUGUGUCAGCUCAGUGUGGCAUUGGCACAAAGGGGCAUCUGGACAGGAGAGCAACUCAGGCCUUAAGUUGUUCUUGGCUCCUGAUGAUAGGAAGAAACUGCAUGAGUUUGAGGAGAAGUGUGUGGCUGGCUAUUUCCGUGAUAAACAUGAAAGCCAAAACUGCAGCCAGAUCAACCGGAUUCGUUCUGCUGCUGACAAGGCAGAGGAGAUGAUGGACACUUUGUCAGAGGUGGCAGAGAAGGUCCAAUUCAUACAGGAGAGCCUCCAGAUGCUGGACGGUCACCUGGGUCACCUGCAGGACAUGUCAGCACAAGCUGUGGACACCCUCAACCUCCUCUCAGCAACUGACAACAGGCAACAGGAGGCUGUCCUGCUUGGCCACAGCCAGCCCAUUGCCAGCCCUUACCAACAGCUUUCUCACAGCUGGAGCCUCCGGGUCGAUGGGAACGUGACCCCCAGUCAUGCUCCAUUGUCUCCGAAGCUCUAUCAGAGCACUCCACCCUCACUAAUGUGUGGACUAGGUCCAGGCAAGAAGCGUCCUUCUUUUGAAUUUCCACCAGGGGGCAGCGGAGGACUAUGUGACAGUAGGCCCAAGUGGGUAUUGGGAAACUUAGAGUUUGAAGACAGGUGGAGAACCAAUGGUGGCUCUGGUGCAGCUUCACCUGCGGGUUACCGCCUCUCACACAGCUCUAUGCCUCACCUCUGGGGGGCAUCAUGGAGGGACAGGACACCCUGUGAGUCGUCUGGGCCGUCCUGUCCUAGCUCGCCCACUGUGCUCUGGGCUCGCGAGUCCUGCCGCCUCCUCAGCCAGGACGAGUCCAUGGAGGAGGAGGAAGAAGAUGAGGAGGAGGAGUUAAACCAUGACGAGGCACAGAGCAUCUCCCGGACCUCCAGCCAUGUCUUUCUCUUGUCCACCCCUCAGAGUGAGAGGGGCCAGCAGCUGGGGAUUGUGAACCCUGGGUUCUCGGGUGACAGUGAACUAGCCAGGCCCAGGCGAAGCCGAUUCGGCAAAAGGUGGCCGUUUGGUGCUGUAGAGAGAGAACUGCAGCACAGCCGCUCUCUCUCCGCUAGCAUUGAGACAAUGGCCAUGCCAGCAUCAGGGGUACCAGGGCACAGCACCAUGAGGGAAGACACACCGCCCCCUACAGGGAAAGAGGAUAAAGAGCGGUCCAGAACCUUAGAAGGAAAGCAUUCAAUUGGAAGAAAAUUUGUAAAAAUCAAAGCAGGAGAAGCGAAAAAUGUCAGAAAGAAUGUACAUGUGGUGGACACUAGCCGGAAGAGCAGGAGCAAAGGGAAGGGCCUGGCAGGACGCAGGUUUCAAUCGUCCGUCAGUCUGUCACAGCUAAAUUUUGAUCAAGUGGAUUUCUUGCAGAAAUCGGUCACGCUUGCUCAGAAUCCCCGAAGUCCUAGCCAAUCAGCUUGGAGCAGUUGGGCCCGCUCUGUCAGCGGCAGGUCUUCAGCACAGAGUUGGGUGACAGGCGAGAUGAGAGGCGCUGUGUUUAAAUCCACUGAAGAUUUGGACCCACACUACUCAGCUAUGGAGAGGAACAACCUGAUGAGAUUAGCACAUACAAUACCAUUCACACCGGUCUCUCUACUGGGAGGAGAGGAGGUGUGUAUCUACACUCUGGAGGAGUCUGAUUCUGAGUGGAGCCUGUCCAGCACCUCCUCCUGGUGUCAGAGAGGGCAUGCGGCCAUGCUGCAGCCCCUCGCCCACCAGGAGACACUGGACGGGGGUCUGCGCAGGGCCCUCAGGGUGAUGUGUACCUGGGCUGAGGGAGACGUGCUCAAACCAGGCUGUGUGUACGUGGUGAAGUCCUUCCGGCCUGAGGUGGUCCGCACAUGGCAGGCGGAGUUCCCCAGCAGCACCUCUCUUCAUCUCUGCUUGAGGGAAAUCCAGCAGCAGAGAGCAGCCCAAAAGCUGAUGCAGGUUUUCAACCAGAUCAAACCCAGCAGUGUCCCUCACUCCCCGAGAUUCCUGGACGUGUCUUUGCUGUGGUGGCAGGCUGAAGGCCAGUGGCUGACCAUCGAGGGGAACAUGAGUGGAGACUUUAUGAAGUACAACAAUAACACUGGAGAAGAAAUCUCACCCUGUUGUGCGCUGGAGGAGACGGUGCUGGCUUUCUCCCACUGGACUUAUGAGUAUACGCAGAAAGAGUUGCUGGUCCUCGACCUGCAAGGUGUGGGAGUGGACCUGACUGACCCGUCUGUGAUCAGGGCAGAUGAUAAAAGCUCGUCUGAAGACCUGGUGUUUGGGCCAGCCAACCUAGGGGAUGAUGCAGUCCAGAGCUUCAUUCUCAAGCACACCUGCAACUCGUGCUGCCGAAGACUGGGCCUUUCAAAUUUGCGGGAAGGAAACGAACUUCAGGAGUCCGAUUCAGCCUCGGAAGAGGACAUAAGCAGGGUUUGACCUCUGACAUAGGCGUGUUUUUGCUGGUAUGUUCUAGCUGGGUUGGACCCCUGUUCUGAUGCUGCUACUGGAGAACAUAAGGCUGGUAUCUCGGCAAUGGACAAUGGCAGAUAACCAAACCACAAUGUUUCCUUUACAUUACAUGGUCUUUGCUAAUGGUCCAAGCAUCCAGCAUUCAAAGGGAGACAACUUUUGCUGAAUAUCCAUCCUUUAAAUUAACAUCCUGUUAACAUCCUGUUAAUUUUAAGCAAUAGUUUGUUUCCUUCUUGCCCCACAUGUAGUCCAUCAGGCCAGACAUGUUUGGUGUCUGAAGUUUGUUUCAAUAGUUUAGCACUGGAGCUACAAGGCUAACAAGUAAUGGAAGCAUUUACCUCACCAAUUACCUUCAUACCUUUGUCCAUAGCAAACUGGGGCAUAUUUAAUAGCAUAACUGGCCGUAACUGAGUAAGCAGAAUGGUCAAUUAUUCAGAACAAUGCUAACCAGCAUGGCUGUCUGUUGGCUGACGUAACAGAAUUAGUCAUUAGUGCUCUCUACUAAGUUUGUUGAGCUGUCCAAUGACAUUGUGUCAGUGGCAGUUUGAAAAGAUGUGGAGGAGCUUCGCAUGACUUUGAGGAAGCACAUGCUAACGGAGCCCUCCCUGCAUGUUAUCACCACAUGUGAGGUGGAGACCUAGCUAGUGGGACCUGGCAACUUAUAAAUCGAUCAAAAUCGGCCAUAACGUUGAAAAUUCCUUGUUUCUACACUCAUUUUCCAUUUUUAUCAGCUCCACUCACUGUCCACCUUGUCUGUGACAGUAGCUCAUCUCUUCUGUGCUGUGGUGGUCCUGAGGGGGGUCCUGACCAUUGAAGAGCAGGGUGAACAGGGUUGUGAUUGAUAAAGUGUGGUGGGCAACACCUCUGCCUUCUAUGCCUUAACCUGGGGUUCAAUCCGCCGUCUGGGCAAGCAUUGUACUCUAUACCUAUAAGAGUCCUUUGGCAAGACUCUUGACACUGCAUUUGCCUCCCUAUGCAAACUGAUCAAACUCUAAGUUGCUCUGGAUUAGAGCAUCUGCUAAGUGCCAUAAAUGUAAAUUACAAGGUAUGCAGAGAAACAGAUGGGCUACAGUCUGUAAUUGUAGAACUACAAAGUGCACCUAUAUAGUAAGUAGAGCUGAAAUGGACAGUGAGUGUAGAAACAUGGAGGUAUACUUAAUGAAGUGGCCUGUUGGUAUAUGUUUACAGUGCAUGAAUGCAGUCUGAAUAUUGUUAUCUGGUGGAGGUUAAGCUUUUAUACACCACUACAUUAUCUAAAUUAGAAUCUUGGCUCCAGGGGAAAACUAUACAAACUAACAAAUUAAACUAUACAAACUUCAGAUACCAAACACGUGUCUGUGUUGAUUGACAACAUUUAAGCUAAGAGGAAAAUUGAGUAAAUUAGAUUUUACUUUCUAUUCCAUUUCUUUACAAUAUAGUGCAAAUGUCAGCUUAGAUUGUGGGAUUUGGAUCAAGUGAAAAGGAAUUUGUGAUACCACACAUGGACUACAGGCACAUCAUUUGCUUGAUUUUCAUCACUCUUUAUAUCAAACACUGUAUAUAAGAUGCAAUAAAAACAGGGUGAAAGGGAAAUGUUCAUGUUAAACAUUAAAAUAAGACUGUAAAUGAUUAUACAAUAUGACCAUAUUAAAAAUGAGCGACAGAUUUCAUCCAUAAAAUGUACUUUAUUUUUUUUUCCCCAACAAAGAAAUGUCUACAAAAGCGAUAAAAUAUAGACUUUAACCAAAAAAAAAGUCACUUAAGUCCUUCGCCUGCUAUGUACAACUCGGAGGAGACGAUUCGAGAGCUCGAUUGACUGGAACUUUCCCACACCUUCUUCCACAAAGCUGCAGUUGAAAAUCAAACCCCUGAAAACACACACACAUUCGCACAAAGUGCAACACGCUCGUUUGACUCAUGGUCUCACACACACACACACACACACACACUUGGCAAAACUUUCCCUGACCCCCACCCCUCCCUGCUACGUACUCGGGUUCUUGCAGUGUUGUGGCCAUGAGGACGCACCAAAACCUCAGUCGCUCACAGCCCGUUUGUAAUCCCAACUCGCGCUUGCUUUUGAGUUCCCACUUUUCCAAUUGGUUCUCAUAGAAACGCCACGCUCUCUGUGGUCUUCCUCACUGAGCGCCUUUCAGCUUCACCAUACCCAAGCUAUGGCACUUGAAAAAACAGCAAAAUAAAGUUUUUGGUAACACUUUACUUGAAACCUGCUGCAUCACAUUGACAUAACCAUGCAGCCAUUGCAGAUAUCCUGUUAUGAGUUGGCAUGACCGAUUAUAUCCAGUAAUAUAGCAGUAUAACAUCAUUAUCUAUUGUCUUUAUACAUGUUACAGUAGAUAAUUCAUGAGUACACUUAGCAAAAAUGGUAACACUUUACUGUACGGCGGCAUUUAUAAGGCUAUACAAGCACUGGACACUUAAACCUAAACAUGUACACAGGCUUAUUCCAGUAGGCUUAUCUGUCAUAAAGGCUGCUUUUGUCAGCUUAACGUCAAGUUUUGCUGACAUUGGGUUGGAAGCACUUUUUUGGGGUGAAAUAAUGUUAAAACAACUGAUUUAAGUAAUGCUUGUAAUGCUAAGUAAUGAUGUGACAGCUUAAAUCUCAGCUCCUUCCCCAAAAAGUCCCACGACCCCACCUAACAUCAGAAAAAAAAAUCAAUGUCACCAAUGUGCCAGUGUUUAUGAUUGACAGUGCCCAUUGGAAUAAGUGUUUAGAAAUGUUUAUAUGUGGCUUUUGUCCGUUGGCAUAAACGGGUUAAGUACAGUGUGGUCCAGUUAGAGACCACAUUAAGAAUCUGGGAUAUUUUUCAUUUAAACCUGAAAAUGAACAACAGAAUGUUUUGAAAUUUUGAAAAAAAAAAAGAAGACAAAGAAAACUGAAAUAUUGGCAAAACUUUAUUUGGAUAGUCCACUUUAGAUGCUUUGUGGAUACUUAAUUUAAGCUACUUUCAACCAAAUAUCUACUAAACCACAAUUUUCUUAAACUUGGCUCUAAUCUUAACCCUAACCUCAGCGCAAAAACCUUAAACGCAAACCUCACCCUGGUCGUAGCCCUAACCCUGGUCCAAACCCUAAACGUAACCCUACUACUGUUUAGAACCAACUUUCAGUUUCAACAGAUUUUAAAUUUAAACAUCUAUAGGUAGUCCAUAGAAGACUAUCCAAAUAAAGUGAGACCAAAAUAUUCAAGAUAUGGCACUGUUUCUUGGUCAUUAUUCAUUUAAGCAAACUUGUGGUACUGACCAUGUUAAGGCUUUUGUACAAAAAGGUCUGAUUAUUUUUGUCUUAUCUCUUCCACUGAAGCUCGUAUUCAGACGACUCUCAAGUGGAUCUAAACUACUCAUCACAGGCUUUUGAACAAACUUGUGGAGUCCAUGCCAGCUUAACUGUUUUUCAAAGGAAAUGAGGGAAAUACUGUAUCAAAUACUAAGAAAUUCUGAAAUUCAUGUUCAAAUUUGAUAAGAUGUUACUAUUCACUCAAAUUGAUAUGCUAAUGAUAUAAUUUCUAAUGACAGACAAGAAGCACUUUCACCAGACUUUUGGACACCACUGUUGGUGUCAUGUAGCCUUACAAACAAGUGUUACCAAAACUAGCAUUUGAUGUCAUGCCAGCUUAUGUCACAUGCUAAUUUUGUUUUUCAUUUUGUUCAGUAGUAUAAUAAUGCAAAGUUAUUGUUGCCUGUAAUUGUAAUGAGAUCACUGCACUGAACUAAAUCUGCCAUGACAACUCAUAACGGCAUAUGAUGUGCUGAUAUCAGUGUUUUGUAGCAGUUUCCCUGCAGUAUUACCAAAUUCUUUUCUGCAUUUGUCAUUACAUUACAAAAGUAGAUUCCAUUUCCACAGUUACCAACAUUAUAGUUUGGUAACAGAUGCUAUUAAGUUAUUUUUUUGUUUAUUCCAGGGAGGCAGACACAUUCUAAUUCAUAAAUUCAUGAAAAACAAACCCAUAAAAAAGUUUCCAUGUGUGUGUUGUGCAUC